AUGGGCAGAUACAGUGUAAAGAGAUACAAAACAAAGAGAAGAACGCGGGACUUGGACUUGAUCUACAAUGAUUUAUCUACUCCGGAUUCUAUAAACAAAUUAAAGAACCAACCUUUGGAUGAGUACAAACCAGGUUUAGGACAGUAUUAUUGCAUAGAAUGUGCCAAAUACUUUGAGAAUCAAAUAAGUUUGGAUAGACACCAAAGGUCCAAAAUCCACAAGCGAAGGGUCAAGCUACUCAAAGAACGGCCGUACACGCCAUUGGAAGCUGAAGCUGCUGGUGGAGUCAACAUGCAAAAGUUUAUUGCAUCUGUGGAGAAAUACAAGCAAUUGGAGGAAUUCAAAGCAGCAAAUAAGGAUGUUUAUGCAGCCGUAAACAAUCAGAGGAAAGAUACAUUGGAAGCAUUGAUAACGGGUGUUCCAUCGGAAGAGUUUCAAAAACAGCAACAGCAACAGCAACAGCAACAGCAACAGCAAAAAGCAGAAGUAGAGGCUCAACAGUUGAACCCUCUUGAGCCAGUGGAGGUAAUGGAGUCAGAGGUCAUUAUGAAGGAAUAG